AUGCCAAAUGUGCCAUCCAAAUAUAACAAAUAUGCCAUCACCGUCACCACCAUCUCCAUCAUCUCCAUCAUCAUCCCCAUCCCCAUCCCCCCAUCAUCCCCAUCAUCCCCAUCAUCUCCAUCAUCUCAUCAUCUCCAUCAUCCAUCAUCCCCCCCAUCAUCAUCCCCCCAUCACCCCAUCAUCCCCAUCAUCCCCAUCAUCAUCCCAUCAUCUCCAUCAUCCUCAUCACCCCCAUCAUCCCCAUCAUCCCCAUCAUCCCCAUCCAUCAUCAUCCAUCAUCCCCAUCACCCAUCAUCCUCAUCAGACACAUCAUUCCCCUCAUCAUCAUCCCCAUCAUCCCCAUCCCCAUCAUCCCCAUCACCCCAAUCAUCCACAUCUCCUCCAUCAUCCCCAUCAUCCCAUCAUCCCCCCCCAUCAUCCCAACACACCUCCAUCCCAUCAUCCCCAUCAUCUCCAUCAUCCCCAUCAUCUCCAUUCACCCCCUUCAUCCCCAUUAUCCCCCCCAUCAUCCCCAUCAUCCCCAUCAUCUCCAUCAUCUCCAUCAUCCCCAUCAUCCCCAUCAUCUCAUCAUCAUCUCCAUCAUCCCCAUCAUCCCAUCACAUCCCCAUCAUCAUCACCCCAUCAUCCCCAUCCCAUCAUCUCCAUCAUCCCCAUCACCCCCAUCACCCCAUCAUCCCAUCAUCCCCCCAUCAUCCCCAUCAUCCCCAUCAUCUCCAUCAUCUCCAUCAUCCCCAUCAUCCCCAUCAUCCCCCAUCAUCCCCAUCAUCCCCAUCAUCCCCAUCAUCCCCAUCAUCCCCAUCAUCCCCAUCAUCAUCCAUCAGCCCCAUCAUCCCCAUCACCCCCAUCAUCCCCAUCCCCAUCAUCCCCAUCAUCCCCAUCCCCCCAUCAUCAUCCCCAUCAUCUCCAUCUCCAUCCCUCCAUCAUCCCCAUCACACCCAUCAUCCAUCAUCCCCAUCACCCCAUCAUCCCAUCAUCAUCCCCAUCAUCCCCAUCAUCCCCAUCAUCAUCAUCCAUCAUCAUCAUCAUCUCCAUCAUCUCCAUCAUCCCCAUCAUCAUCCCCAUCAUCCAUCAUCAUCCCCAUCAUCCCCCAUCAUCCCCAUCCCUAUCACCCCCCAUCCCAUCAUCUCCAUCACCCCCAUCAUCCAUCAUCCCCAUCAUCCCCAUCCCCAUCCCAUCAUCCCCAUCAUCCCAUCAUCUCCAUCCCCAUCAUCCAUCAUCCCCUUCAUCCCCAUCACCCCCAUCAUCCCCAUCUCCAUCCCCAUCAUCCAUCAUCCCCAUCAUACCCCUCAUCAUCCAUCACCCCUUUCAUCCCAUCAUCCCCAUCAUCCCCAUCAUCCCCAUCACCCCCAUCAUCCCCAUCAUCCCCAUCAUCCCAUCAUCCAUCCCAUCAUCCAUCAUCCAUCAUCCCCAUCAUCCCCAUCCAUCAUCCCAUCAUCAUCCCCCAUCAUCCCCAUCAUCCCCAUCCCCCCCCCAUCAUCCCCAUCAUCCCCAUCAUCCCCAUCAUCCCCAUCAUCCCCAUCAUCUCCAUCAUCUCCAUCAUCCCCAUCAUCCCCAUCAUCCAUCAUCUCCCAUCAUCCCAUCAUCCAUCUCCAUCAUCUCCCAUCUCCAUCUCCAUCAUCCCCAUCAUCAUCCCCCCAUCAUCAUCAUCCCCAUCAUCUCCAUCAUCUCCAUCCCCCAUCAUCCCAUCAUCAUCACCCCCAUCAUCCAUCAUCAUCCCCAUCAUCCCCAUCAUCAUCCCCAUCCCCCCCAUCAUCCCAUCAUCACAUCCAUCCCCAUCAUCCCCAUCAUCCAUCAUCAUCAUCUCCCUCCAUCAUCCAUCACCCCAUCCCCAUCAUCCCCAUCAUCCCCAUCAUCCCCAUCAUCAUCCCCAUCAUCCCAUCAUAUCCAUCCCCAUCAUCCCCAUCACCCCCAUCAUCCCCAUCAUCUCCAUCAUCACCAUCAUCAUCAUCCAUCAUCAUCCCCAUCACCCCCUUCAUCCCCAUCACCCCCUUCAUCCCCAUCACCCUCUUCAUCCCCAUCACCCCUAUCAUCCCUUAUCAGUUUUUUUUCGGGUUAUUAAUACUUAAUAGUGACUUCCGGCAGAAAAGUAAUUUUUACUGA